AUGAGCAACUAUCCAAAACGAAUCUAUGUGCUCCCGGCACGCCAGCCACGUGUCGCUUCGACAUACCAAAAUAUGGCACCGCCACCACCAGUCAUGAGAGCUCCGAAGCGAGCCAUCUCGACCGACCAGAUCGUCGCCGAGCUUCUUGGAGAUGAUAUGGGACCGUCGGGACCCAGAAAACGCGAGAGACUCAACCAUUUGACCCAGGAGGAGAAAAUGGACAGACGAAAGUUUAAAAAUCGAGUCGCCGCACAAAAUGCUAGAGAUAAGAAGAAGGAAAGAUCUGGAAAAAUCGAUGAAGUGAUGCGUAAGCUCGUCGAAGAGAACAACCGUCUUCGUGCCGAGAACGAGAAGCUUCGCCGUCAAAACGAGAAAUUCCAAUCCCGGCAACAACAACAAAUGCAAAUCGUCAACGAGCAAUCAUCCCCAGUUAUGUAUCAGAACGAGAACAUUGUCAGCGAUUCCACCAUCUACUCAAACGUCGCCUACGAGGAAGAAGUCGUCGGGGAGGAGGAGGAUGUUAUCGUCAGUGGAGGAGUGAUGGAGUAUGGAGAGGAUCAACGAGCCUUGAAUCAGCAGAAUUCAUUAAUGCACCCCAGCAGAGGGACAAGGCCAACGGAUUCUCCACCAGCACCAUCAUCUCCAACACCAACGUCAACACCACCUUCCAACACCGUCAGCCCAUCCGAAGAGUUCGAUCGAUUCGUUGCUGAUUACAUCGAGGAAGGAGGAGACUGCUCAUCGUCGUCAGCCGCAAGUGGAUCUCCAUCGCAAACGCGUGAAACAUUUUCGCCGUGUGCCUCCCUAACGAUGUCGCCGUCGAUGAGCUGCAACUCGAGCAACAACGAUUGGAACGACGACUUCUUCCUUCCCAACGAAAGCUGCGAGACGUCGACAGAGACCAUCGAGGAAGACCCGCUGCUCACCGACCCCGGAAACUGGAACUUUGAAAAUUUCGACGAAGACUCGAUUGACCUAAAUUUCUUCAAUAACUAA